AAAGGAGUACCUGGAGUACACGAAAGCCGCCAUCGUUUCGCAGUUGAGCAAUCUCAAGAGAAUCACAACAGCGGUUUUCACAAAUCUCGGUGACUGCAAGCCCAUCCGCCAGUUCUAUAUACAGUGCCUCGAAGCCUUCUGUGACGGUACCUUGUUAUGCAUGAACGGCAUCUGGUUCUCGGUGUGGCUCGUUUGUGGCAUGUUCACCACCCAAAUCGCCGUUGGCCUAAAGCUCUCCAAGUACCUCAUGAGGAUGGAUGACUACAUGUACGAAGGCAUCGAAGUCGAGGAGUCCGUAGAAAGUCCGCCGGAUGACAAGUCUUCCGGAUUUAGCGUGAGCUACGCACCAAGCGGCAUGAAAGCACCCACUGGCCAGUAUAGGUGGAGGAAAUUCGAGGAAAACCCCUACCACAUGCCAAAGGAAUUGGAAGGAUCCGCAACAGCAUGUGACAGCAAUGAUUCGGCUUUAGACAUCAGAAGAUGGGCUGUGGACAGGACAAAACCUUUCGUUAUCGAUUCCAUUGCCGAUGAAGUCAAGAAGGCAAAGGAGACCCGUGCAAAGGGCCAGCACCAUCAUCCAGCUCCCGGGGACGCGUCCUAAUUGGCUGCACGGCGCACAACGCUUCCACCAAGCGCCAUCUAGGCGUCUAAGGGGGAGCGACAUUAUAUUGCGGUAUUCUUGCGUUGAUAUCCACUGCCGAUGUAGGAAAUCGUACUGCACGCUUUUCACAAUUUUCAGAAUUUUGUCUGUAUCUACUGCACUAAUAUUUGUUGCGCAGAAAAAAGUGAAAACAAUACAAAUGCGUUGGCUUACAUGCUGUUAAAUCUAA